AUGCUCUGCUUCCAAGAUAACUUGUCCAGUCGGAUUCGAGACAGAGGCAACUAUGGGAGUCUGCUGCCCAACGUAUCAAUGCAGUAUUCUCUUGAGGCCAACAUGAUGGAGCGCUCUUGUACCUGCUGUCGGGAAGUAUCCACCACCAAGAAGGAAGUGGAGAUGAUCUGCCCAGACGGGUCAAAGUUCAACCACUCCUACAUCCACAUCAAUAAAUGUGGCUGCCAGAGGACAGAGUGCGUGACCCCAGAGGCGACCCAGGUCACAAGAAUACUACCUCAGCAAAUGGAAGCAGCAGAUGGGAGCCCUCGCCGCCGAGAGGUCCAAGGUUGCCACGGUUAUUUCCCUGCUGACCGGACGGGCAUUGGUGUGGGCUACGGCCGUCUGGGAGAGGAGGAGCUGGGUUCCUACGAGAGGUUCAUGGCUCUGUUCAGAAGUUUCUUCGAUCAUCCACUGGAGGCCCCUGGGACUGUGCCAAUGAUCUGCAUGCAGGCUCUGCACCACUGGAGUGACAUAGUGAACCUCCCACUCCGCCUGCCCUGUAUGAAGCUGAGCCCCCAGUUUGUGGUGUUUAAGGUUCUCCGGAGGGUCAACAAGUACCUGGUGGACUGGGAGGGGUACGGUCCAGAGGAGUGGUGUUGGGUCCUGGUGGAUGAUAUUCUAGAUCCCGAGAUUUCCACCUUCGCCAUCCGGAUCGGCCUGCUCCUUGCACUCGGGGCCGUCCCCCUGGCCGGAGUGAAUGCCUCACACAAUGACCAGGUCUGCAGCACAUGGGGUAACUACCAUUUCAAGACUUUUGACGGGGACUUUUUCCAGCUCCCCUCCACCUGCAACCAUGUUGUGACCUCACUGUGUAAGAGCAGCUAUGAGGCUUUCAACAUCCAGAUGAGGCGGCAGGUGGUGGACAACCAGCCCACCAUUAGCAAGAUCACCAUGAUACUGGAUGGUGUAGUGGUGGAGCUAUCCAAGGGUGUUGUUGUGGUCAAUGGGCAGACGGUGACCCUGCCGUUCAGCUUGUCUGGAGUCAGCAUCGUGAAGACUACAUCCAAUGUGAAGGUCGUAGCCAAACUGGGGCUGGUUGCUGUUUGGAACAAGGAUGACUCCCUAAUGAUUGAAAUGAACGAGAAGUACAGAAACCAGACCUGCGGACUCUGUGGUGACUUCAAUGAAGUCCAAACAUACAACGAGUUCAUCAUCAAUGGUGGGAAACUCUCUAGCUCUGACUAUGGAAACCUCUGGAAACUGGAUGGCCCUCUGGAAGUCUGUGAGGAGCCUAUGCUAACUUCCGCGGAGAGUUGUGGAGAUGAGGAAUUUUGUCAGCAGCUGUUCUCCAGUGCAGCUUUCAGUAGCUGCGCUAAUUAUUUGGACAUGGACUCCUUCAUCAAGACCUGCCUUGCAGACCUGUGCCACUGUGAUAACAGCACCAACUCCUUCUGCCUGUGCAACACCAUCUCAGAGUACUCCCGUCAGUGUGUUCACGCAGGGGGGAAGCCCCAGCAAUGGAGGACUGAACAGUUCUGCUAUAAGACAUGCCCCUACAACAUGGAGUACCAGGAGUGUGGAAGCCCCUGUGUUGACACCUGCUCCAACCCAGAGGCCAGCCAGUUGUGUGAAGACCACUGUACAGACGGCUGCUUCUGUCCUCUAGGUACUGUUUUUGAUGAUGUCAGCAACAGUGGCUGUAUUCCAUUGAGCGAAUGCCUUUGUGUCCACAAUGGACAAGUAUACAAAUCUGGAGAAUCUUACACCAGCAACUGUAAAGAAUGCACCUGUGCUGGUGGUCAGUGGGCCUGUACAGACAAGGACUGUCCUGGGACCUGCUCUGUGGAGGGAGGAACCCACAUCACCACCUAUGAUGGGAAAGCCUACACCUUCCAUGGGGACUGCUCUUACAUUCUGACCAAGCAAUGCAAUGGAACUGAAUUCACCGUGCUGGGAGAUAUUGUGAAGUGUGGGUUGACUGACACUGAGACGUGUAUGAGGGCUGUUACCCUAGCCCUCUCCAGCAGAUCCACUGUGAUCCGAGUCCAGUCAUGUGGAAGUGUUUUUGUAAAUCAGAUUCUUUCUCAGCUCCCACUCAAUACAGCUGAAGUGACCGUCUUCAAGCCCUCCUCAUUCUACAUUGUUAUCCAGACAACUCUUGGAGUUCAACUUCAGAUCCAGCUUUCACCAGUUAUGCAGAUCUACAUAACUGCCAUCUCAUCCUACAAAGGAACAACCUGUGGCCUUUGCGGAAACUACAAUGACGUUCAGGCAGAUGAGUUCAGAGUCAUCAGUGGAUUGGUGGAGGGCACAGCUGUAGCUUUUGCCAACACAUGGAAAACCAUGGCCAGCUGCCCUGAUGUCAAGACUAGCUUUGAAAACCCCUGCAGUUUGAGCAUCGAAAAUGAGAAAUAUGCCCAGCACUGGUGUUCCAUGUUAUCGGAUCCUAAAGGAGUGUUCUCCCCUUGCCAUUCUGAAAUAAGACCAGACACCUACAAAACCAACUGCAUGUAUGACAGCUGUAACUGUGAGAAGAGUGAGGACUGCAUGUGUGCUGCCGUCUCCUCUUAUGUCCACGCUUGUGCUGCCGAGGGUAUCCAGCUCAGUGGCUGGAGAGACACUAUCUGCAAUAAAUUCGCCACCUGUCCCAGUCAAACAGUUUAUACCUACAACAUGACCAGCUGUGGACGCACCUGCCGCUCACUGAGCAUGACAGACCAAUCUUGCCAGGUGAAGUUUGUUCUGGUGGACGGCUGUGGCUGUGCAGAGGGUACCUACAUGGACGAGGCUGGCCAGUGUGUUGCCCCGACCAACUGUCCCUGCUAUGACAAGGGCUCGGUGGUCCCUGCAGGAGAGACUAUCAGCAGAGACGGUGCCACCUGUACUUGCAGACAAGGGACACUGAGUUGCACUGGGGGAGCAAGUAUAUCCCCAGUAUGCACACUGCCAAUGGUUUUCUUCAACUGCUCAACUGCACCUCCAGGAGCUUCAGGUUCAGAGUGUCAGAAGAGCUGCAAAACUCUGGACAUGACCUGUAUCAGCACAGAGUGCACAUCAGGUUGUAUGUGCCCCACUGGACUGGUGUCUGAUGGGAACGGAGACUGCAUCAAGGAGGAACUUUGUCCUUGUUCUCACAAUGGAGCUACUUACCAAGCUGGAGAGACUCUUAAGGUUGACUGCAAUACAUGUACUUGCAAGGACAGUCAAUGGCAGUGUACCACACAUCUUUGUGAUGGAGUUUGUGCAAUCUACGGAGAGGGUCACUAUAUCACCUUUGAUGAGAAAAGGUUCAACUUUAAUGGAAACUGUGAAUACACUCUCAUUCAGGACUACUGUGGCAAUACUAAUGGCAGUGGCAGCUUCAGAGUUCUCACUGAGAACGUUCCGUGUGGAACUAAAGGCACCACCUGCUCCAAGACCAUCAAGCUCUUCCUGGGGACCAGUGAGCUCAUAUUGGCAGAUGGGACCGCUCAAGUUGUCAGGAGUACUCCACAAGAGCAGUUUCCUAAACAGAUCAGCCUUCUGGGGAAUUAUCUGGUUAUUGAAGUCAAAAGUGGUCUAAUCCUCAUGUGGGACAAGAAGACCAGUCUCUUUAUCAAGCUUAGCCCACAAUACCAGGGGCAAGUGUGUGGUCUGUGUGGAAACUAUGAUGGCAACGCAAACAAUGACUUCACCACUAGAGCCCAGGCAACAGUUGUUGAUCCGGUGGAAUUUGGAAACAGCUGGAAAGUUUCAUCAAGCUGCCCAAGUGUAUCCGCUGUAGUGCACCCAUGUGCCUCUAACCCGUACAGAGCGUCUUGGGCCCAGAAACAGUGCAGCAUCAUUAAGAGUGAUGUCUUCGCAGCCUGCCAGAACCAGGUGGACCCCUCUCCUUACUACGAUGCUUGUGUGAGAGACUCAUGUGCUUGUGACAGUGGUGGAGACUGUGAGUGCUUCUGUACCGCAGUGGCAGCUUAUGCAAAGGCCUGCAAUGAAGCUGGAGCAUGCGUAGCCUGGAGAACCCCUCGAAUUUGCCGCUGCUAUCCUAACUGUCCUGUGGCACAACCUUACUUCAAUGAGAAGACAAUGAAGUGUGUGGAGAGGGAACAAUGUGGCUGCUUUGACUAUGAAGGAAACCAUACCAACCACAACUUCCCCUCUGACCACAACAACAACACAGGCCUCUACGACAACGCUAAAGCCCACAACUGUCUUCCACUUCUCAACACCUGGUAA